AUGGAAGGAUUCUUGGGUGUAUCAUGUUCUGCGGUGACUUGUGACUAUGAACCCUUUACAGCAUUUCUCUCCCUCCGUGAGAUGCCAAAGAAUCAUACGGCAGCAGCAAUCUUUGCGGAAUACGAGUCUACGAUUGAGGAUUGGGAAGUAAAUAAAAAGGAGAUUCGGUGUGUUACUGACAACGCCCGUAACAUGAUUGCUGCUUUAAGGGUUAAACUUCCAACAUUUGUGGACGAGACGGAAAAAGCUCAAGAGGAAGAGGAGUUAAUAGGAAUUGAAAUUGUGGAUUUAGAAUCGUUACUGAACGACAACACCGAGAAGUGUAAUGAGACUGGAUACAACGUAACGGCUGGUUAUCAUGCAAGAUGUUUGCCCCACCAUGUCCAAUUAGCCAUCAAAGACGGACUUUUAGUCCUUGAGGUCAGGAAGAUUGUUGGUGGUAUAAGGAGGAGUGUCGUUGACAUGAAGACGUUAAUGGAUUGUGUUGGUUUAAAAAUUCCAAUGUUAAACCAAACCCGCUGGAGUUCGCAGUAUGGGAUGAUAAAAGGAUCAUUGGAAGCCAUGGAUAAGGAUCCCAACAUACAAUCGAAACUUAACAGCUGCGCUGUUCAUGGUUCUCUUACAGCCAUACAAAUCAAGAGUUUGCGAGAACUCGUCAUUCUACUUGGACCAUUUAAAAUAGCAAUGGAUGCUUUUCAGAAAGAACCUGAAACGAUUGGACUAGUUAUACCGUUCUACCUGGAUCUAGUUAACAAAUGUAGCCUGUAUCCUCAAGUAAAUCCUGAUGCUCGAUCCAUCAAUUCGUGUAAAACGGUGGCUAAAGCUCUCCAAAAGUCCCUCAAGACUAGGUUGAAUUAUGUUCUGAAUGAUUCGCUCUAUUUAAUUGGAUCAAUAUUAGACCCUCGCAUCAAGAAAUCAUUCAUCGAAGCUGGUGGUCUCGACGAAAAAGCCGUUCUCAGAGCAGUGUCAGACAUCAUUUUGUCCCGUGAGAACGAAAUUGAGAGUUCUGCCAAUGAAAAACGUCAUAAUUCACAGGACCCUAAUGACUAUGAGACUUCAUCGGCUGCUAAAAGAAGUAAAUUUAAUCGCCCCAUUCUGUCCUCAGUUUUACCUAAACCACGAACUGAAUCUUAUCCUGCUUCAGAAAAAGUAUUAGAGGAAUUUUAA